AUGGCUCAGGUGUCUUUAUUGACAUUGACGGCCAUAAGCGUGGACAGACUUCUCGCUCUGUUGCUGGGAAUAAGCUAUAAACAAAUAGUAACUUUAAAGCGCAUGUGUAUCACUACAGCUACUUUUUGGAUUUUAUCCGUCGCCGCUGCAUCAUUUUCCGUUUCGCAUACUCGAAUAAGCAUUUGGUAUGGAAUUGUAGUUAUACUUUCAUGCUCAGUGAUCUCAAUCGCCUCGUACACUAAGAUAUUUCGCGCCCUUAAACAUCAUCAUGCUCAAGUACAAGAUCAUAUUCAACAACAGUCGAGCCAAACAACUGCACUAAACAUGGCAAGAUACAGGAAGGCAGUGAGUAGUGCACUGUGGGUGCAGUUAGCAUUAGCUGUUUGUUAUGUACCAAAAGUUGUAGUGCUGCUUGUGCUCGCUUAUAGAAAAACUUAUUCUUCACAUGUAGUCGUUAUUGAUGCAAUAACAAGCAUUUUAACAUAUUUUAACUCCACUUUGAACCCGUUUCUUUACUGCUGGAAAGUCAGAGAAGUGAGACAAGCAGUAAAGCAGACAAUCCGACGAGCACUGUGCUUUCCAUGGACUUAGAUGUAAUUUCUCUGAGUCGUUAAUCAGGCGUAAUCUGAAGGGAAAGAAAAAAGAACAUCGACUGAAACAAAUACGAUAUUUCAGCAUCUAUUUUGCUUUGGAUGCUAUAG